AUGGGUGAAAAGAAAUCAAGAGGUAGAAGAUUGGAAAAGAAAAAAGAAGCACAAGUAGUAGAUGAAGAAGAAACAUCAAAUGUAAACAUACCGAACACUUUCUUUGGGUUAGUUGAUUCGAAUGAAAUUGAUUAUUUUAAACAAGCUGAAUCUACUCUUAAUAUAAAUUCAUUUGAAUCAGAUGAAGAUCGAUUAGGAUUUGUUGCAUCAGUAUUAGAAGAAGCAAACGGUAAGGAAUUAAAAUUGGUCACAAAUCAAAUAUGUUCUAAAUUAAUGGAGAGAUUAAUUUUACUUGCAGAUUCACAACAAUUAAAAAGUAUAUUUACACAAUUUUCAAAUCAUUUUGAAUCAUUAGCAUUUCAUAAGUAUAGUUCACAUGUAUUAGAAACUUUAUUAGUUAGAGUAGCUGGAUUAAUUGACAAAGAAUUAAUCGAAGGAAAUAAUGAAAUGGAAAAUUUAUUCAAAUCAAUGGUAAAUGAAUUAAAACCACAUUUAAUAACCAUGAUAGAUCAUCAAUAUGCAUCACAUGUAUUAAGAUUAUUAAUCAUGAUUCUAUCUGGAAAAGAAUUACCAUCUUCCAUAAUGUCAAAUUCAGUUUUAAGAUCUAAAAAAUCAAAAAUUGCAAGAAAAAUGAUUGAAAUUAAAGAUAAUGAAGAUUUUAAUAGAUCAUUUCAAACACCACCAUCUUUUAAAGAUGAAUUAAAAUCAAUUUGCGAAAUUAUAAUUAAAGGGUUGGAUCAAACUAGAAUUAGAUCUUUCAGUAUACAUAAGAUUGCAUCUCCGGUUAUACAAUUAUUAAUUCAAGUUGAAGGGUUGGUUGAUAGAGAAAGAUCAUUCUGGCAUUUAGUAUUUGAUAACUCUGAUGAAGUUGUUGAAUCUGAAGAAUCAUAUAUUGAAUAUCUUUUAUCAGAUCCUGUUGGCUCACAUUUUUUUGAAGCUAUAAUUAAAAAUGAUGGCGCUAGACCAAAAUAUAUUGAAAGGUUAUACAAAUUAUACAUUAAAGAUCGUGUCUUAAAAUUAUCCAAAAGAGCAACAACGGGUGUUUAUAUAAUACAAGCAUUAUUAUUCAAAUUAAAACCAGUUGAAGUUAAAUUUAUACUUGAUCAAAUAAUUCCAAAAUUGACUGAAUUAAUAACAGAGCAAAAUUUAGAUUUAGCAAAUAAACUAAUAGAUGCAUCAAUAUCUCAAAAGAAUUAUAGGCGUGAUGAAAUUAUAGAUCAAUUAUUUUUGAAAUUUGUUCCUAACUAUUCUGAUGAUUAUGAAGGUACUGAUUUAUUAGAAAAUGUUUUACAACUACAAGGUUCUACCUUAGGUAAUACAAGAGAUGAUUGGCCAACAGCAGAAGAAAGAAAAAGAGCAUUAUUUUUGGAAAAAUUAAUGGAAUAUGAUUAUAAAUUUAUAAUUUGUUCAUGGAUAAAUUUUAUUUCAUUGCCGAUUGAAAGAUUUAUUCAAAUGUGUUUCCAUGGUGUUUUUUCACAUGUUGUUGAAAAAUCAUUACUUGUUGAAUCAAAUGAAUCUAAACAAGUUCAAAUUUUACGUAAACGUUAUUUAAAUAUAUUCCAAGGACACAUUGUUUCAUUAGCUUGUAAUUCAUAUGGAUCACAUAUAGUUGAUAGAUUAUGGGAUUUCACAAUACAUUUACCAAUGUAUAAAGAUAAAAUAGCCACUGAAUUAAUGAACGAUUCUAAAAAAGUUAAAGAAAGUAAUUAUGGUAAAUUAGUUUGGAAAAAUUGGUCAAUGGAAUUAUUUUCAAGAAAGAAAUAUGAUUGGAAAGUAUUAAUAAAAGAACAAGAAUCUAGUAUUGAACAAGUCAAAACUCCAAUACAAUUGAAGAUGGAAAAAUUGGCUGAAGAAAAACAAAGAAAAGAUGAAGAAGCUGAAAAAGCUCAAGCAGGUUAUAAUAAACGUAAAUUAGAUGAAAUAACAGGAACUAAGAAGAAAGUUAG